AUGACUGGUAUCACCAGCACUAGCAGCAGCAGCUGCUUCCCGUUAGCAAUCCGUGCAACCUCAACCAAGACGACACCGUAUAUCGUGUCUCUGUCUGCUCUCGAAUCCAAGCUCUUCGGGCACCGAUUCCACAACCCGAAUCUCUCCAAACGGAACUCUUUUAUCUCUCUCUCAUACACUUCUCCCAGCCCCGUCGUCACCUCCCGUUUUGGUGGUCCACGGUCCUAUGACUCGCGGCGGCCUCGGAAGGGUGAUUCCGAUGAUGACCAGGCUCUUGAUAUCUCUCGCAUUAGGUCAGCUUCUGUGAGGCUCAUUGAUCAGCAACAGAAUAUGGUUGGAGUGGUAUCUGUACGUGAGGCAAUUCAAAUGGCUGAAGAUGCUCAACUUAAUUUGGUGAUAGUGUCACCAGAUGCAGAUCCUCCGGUUGUCAGAAUAAUGGAUUACAAUUACAACAUUGACCAACAUGAUUAUGAUGUGCGUUUAAGAGCUGCUCGGAAGUUUUUGAAAGAUGGUGACAAGGUUAAGGUCAUAGUGAACUUAAAAGGUCGUGAAAAUGAGUUCAGAAAUAUUGCAAUUGAACUUAUCAGACGUUUCCAAAAUGAUGUUGGAGAGCUUGCUACCGAGGAGAGCAAAAACUUUCGUGAUAGGAAUAUAUUUAUUAGUCUGGUGCCAAACAAGUCUAUUCUACAGAAAGCGCAGGAACCCCCCAAGAAAAAGGACAAGUCAGCCCCAAAUGAAGUAUCAGCUGGUGUGUGA